AUGGGGAAAUCCAAGAAUGACCAGGCUUUAACGCAUGAGGAAAUAUGGGAUGACUCUGCCCUGGUGCAGUCGUGGGAUGAUGCAGUGGAGGAAUACAAGCUCUAUCACAGUAUACAUGCAAAAGGCGAGAAUGUUGAUGAUGUUUUGAAAGCAGCUGAAGCCGCUGCUAUCAAAGAAAAAGAAGAAGAAAAUGCUGUGAUGGUUCCCGAUGAUGGUCAAAUUGGAGAAGAUGAUGUCGAUGCCAUGGAUGCUGAGAGUGGGCUGAUUGCGGGCCAAACUACAUUGCCUGCCACUGAGCAAGGGCAUAUCAGGUCCUCCCAGCAGCCUUCAACAAGCGCGCCAACGGGACCGUCAGCCGCCCCUGGCCCAACGCCUCCCGCGGGAGCAUUGCCGAUGCCCGCCGGCGCAUUCCCUAACGUUCAAGAUGAAGGUCUUAGAAACCUCAUGAUGGCUUGGUACUUUGCAGGCUACUAUACCGGUCUAUACGAGGGCCAGCAACAACAUGAUCAGUCGAAAAGCGGAUAA